AGCUCUGUCCAAGACUCCUUCGGCUUUGGCCCUGAAUCAAACCCAGCACUGCAAGCAGCUCGAAGGCUUGGUGGUUUCCCAGGUGCAGCUGUGCCGCAGCAACCUGGAGCUAAUGCAGACCAUCAUCCAGGCGGCACGGGAAGUGAUAAAGACCUGCCGUAAAACUUUCUCAGACAUGCGUUGGAACUGCUCUUCCAUUGAGCUGGCUCCUAACUACCUGCUGGAUUUAGAGAGAGGUACAAGGGAGUCAGCAUUUGUGUAUGCCCUUUCUGCUGCUGCCAUCAGCCACACCAUUGCCAGAGCCUGCACCACCGGGGACCUCCCUGGCUGUUCCUGUGGUCCCAUCCCAGGUGAGACACCUGGACCUGGGUAUCGAUGGGGAGGAUGUGCAGACAACCUCAACUAUGGUCUUAUCAUGGGGUCCAAAUUUUCAGAUGCUCCCAUGAAGAUGAAAAAAUCAGGAUCACAAGCCAAUAAACUGAUGCAUCUGCACAACAGUGAAGUAGGGAGACAGGUCUUGAAAGCCUCUCUUGAAAUGAAAUGUAAGUGCCAUGGAGUUUCUGGGUCAUGCUCUAUCAAGACCUGUUGGAAAGGCCUUCAAGAGCUGCGAGACAUUGCAUUGGACCUCAAAAACAAGUAUUUAUCAGCCACCAAGGUCGUUCACCGGCCCAUGGGCACACGCAAAUACCUCGUGCCAAAGGAUAUUGAUAUCAGGCCGGUUAAAGAGACAGAGCUGAUUUACCUGCAGAGCUCACCCGAUUUCUGCAUGAAGAACGAGAAAGUGGGGUCGCAUGGGACCCAAGACAGGCAAUGCAACAAGACCUCCAACGGGAGCGACAGCUGCGACUUGAUGUGCUGCGGCAGAGGCUAUAACCCCUACAUGGACAAAGUGGUGGAGCGAUGCCACUGCAAGUACCACUGGUGCUGCUACGUGACCUGUAAAAAGUGCGAGAGGACUGUCGAGAGAUAUGUGUGCAAAUGAAAACUCUCCGCCCGGGAGCUGAGACGCCAGCGGCACCCCAGCACUAUUCAGAGAAGAGAAAACAUUUCCCCGACUAGACGUCAUUUAUCUUGUAAAGACACGGACUUGAAGAAAGAUGGUAGGAGGAAAAAAAAGCAAUCACACCAGUAAAAAUAAGACCCUUAAAAAAAAACCCAACCAAACUCACAAGUGUCGUCCCUCUCCAAUAAAAUGCUCUCUGAGAAGACCAAAAAAAAAUCACUUUGGAUGGUAUCUUCUUCCAAAAUAUUUCCUAUGGUUGCCGAUGACGUCCAGCCAUCAAGUGCCUUAGUAUUUUGAGAAACAAAAGUAGAAACUUUCCCCGGGAAAGAAAAGCAACUCUUGUUUGAAAAUAACUAAGGCCCACACCUGCCUAUGCCUUCUAGCACAGGUACUGAGUCUGAAUUAGGACCAUCCCAGAAGGGAAAAUGCUGCAACUUUUCAGCAAUAACUGCCUUUUUUUGCCAAAGACUUAAUUUUUAGCAUGGAAAGCAUCCACUCCGAAUGAUAAAGGUGGAAAGAUUUCAGGUCAAUCCCCUGAAAUGAACAACUCGUUUUAACCUUUUUUUUAUGCAGGUCUGCGACUUUGAAGUUACUGCUGCAGGAAAAGCUGUCCGUGAUUUUUCCAGACUGGAUGGGGUUUCAAAUUCAGC